UUACAGAAAAAUCAACGGUAAAGACUAUGAAAAGUCUUUAGAGCUUUAAGAGACAGCUCCUUAAUCUCUUAAUUAUAAAUCAUCAUCUCAUCAUGGCGGAAGAUAUUUGCUUUGCUUCGUGUAGAAGGAUGGAUUCAGAACAAGCUAAGACUCCUAUCGGAGCUCUCUCAUCAUCCUCCUCCUCCACCCAAAACACUAACUCACUCUCUCUUCCUACACACUCCAGCCCGCACCACUUCGAAUCCACAAUCCUCUCCUUCCUUUUGUUUCCUGAUUCUCCGUUGUUUUCCAACAGCUCUGUCUUUGACCGAGUGCUUCAUGAUUUUCUCUCCACAUCUAGUGGUGAUGAUGACUCUGCUCAUGAUCAACUCAUUCACCGCACUCUCCAACGUGUCUCACUUCUUCUUGAAUCCACUAAACGGUGCUUUCGUAAGCGACUCACACUCUACAAUUCCAUCUCAUGGUUCCUCCCUCAAGACCUCACAGUUAAGGUGUUCUCCAUGCUUGAUACAAAGUCUCUAAUGCAAGUUGCGGCUUGUUGCACCAUGUUUAGCAAAUCUGCCAUGGACCCUUUAUGUUAUUCUCACGUAGACUUGACAACAGCAUCUACAUAUCUUGAUGAUGGUGUUUUGCGUACUAUGAUCCAUCGUGCUGGAAAUAAACUCAGAUCCCUUAAACUUGGUAAUGAUGCUUAUAACUAUUUCCACACUUUUCCUAUAAGCUCUUGUCUUGCUCCACUAUCAUCCUCUGAUCCUGAAUUUACUUGGAAUUUAUUAACAAGCCUACACAUUUACAAUCUCAUAUCCAUGGACAUGAAUUCCAUAUGUUCUGUUUUGUCAGCCUGCCCAAAUCUAUCCGAUUUGAAAAUCGCAGAAUUAUCAUAUGAUUCAUCAAAUCUGGUGCUAGACUUACUCACAAGGAAAUGUCACUUGGUAGAGCAUCUAUUCUUAGAAACUUCUUUUGGAGGGGAUAAUAUAACAUAUUCUACCAUCGAAGCGUUUGUGGCCAACUGCCCCAAGCUAACUUGUCUAACACUUAAAGGUUUUAACCUAGAUGAUGCAAUGGCCCAAAUUCUUGUGAAGGGUUUGCUUAAACUUAAGUAUGUGAAUCUGUCUAGCACAUCCGGAAUCCAUGGAAGUUUCUUGAGGGAUUUGGGGAAUACUUGCAAAGACAGUCCGCUUGAGAUUCUAAUAUUGCGUGACUGUUCUCUAGAGGAGAGAGAAGUUUUAGAGUUUUUGAAUUCACUAAUCGCGGGAGACUUCAGGUUUAUUCGACACAUUGAUGUAUCAAGUGGCAACGGUUUAGCUUGUGAUGGAGAUGAAAGAACUUUGGAACUAAACUUUCCUGUGGAGAAGCUGAAAGAAGAAAGAUCAAAUUUCAAGUUGGUGGCAGAAUUUCCCUUAAGUCUGCAAAGUUGGAGCCCAUCUCCUUUCCACGAGAGCAUAGAUUAUGACUAUUAUGGUUGCUGUUGGGGAGGAUCAAGGCCGAAGUCCAAGAAACUGCGCUUCUUCGGUAUCUAACCAGGCCCAGAUGAUUCUGGACCCUUUAGAUGGUGUAUUCAAGUAAACUAUAGAUGGUGUAUUCAAGUAAACUUUUAAAAUAUUUGUUCAAUAAGUAAAAUAUAUGUUGUUCAGUUAUAAA